CUUUGCUCCUGUGGCCUCUCUCUGCUUUUGCUGCAUUCUCCUCUCUCUUUCUCUCUCUCUCACUCUCUCAACUUUCUCUCUGCAUCUGUGGCGGAAAAACCGGUGAGUCCUUUUGCCAAUAUCCAAAGCGAAAGCCUCCUCGGAAAAUCUCACUUCUCUUCUUGGCUGGGGAGGAGCUUCUGCUUUCUUGAUCUUGCUUUAGGACCCGAAAGUCCAGAGAUUGCUCCUUCGCCCUCCUUUUCUUCUGUUUCCUCAGCUGCAGAAACCUCGAGAUCCAUGCAAUGAAGAGAUGGAAGAAGAGGCGAACGGAAAUUUUCGGCGCUGGGACGAGUUGAUUCCUGAUGCGCUCGCGCUAAUCUUCAGGAACCUCUCCCUCCACGAGAUACUGACAGUCGUCCCUGGAGUGUGCAAAUUGUGGGCGAAAGCCGUGGCAGGGCCCUACUGCUGGCAAGAGAUAAACAUUGAGGAUUGGAGCAGCAGGUGCCAUCCCGAUCACAUAGACCGUAUGCUUGAGAUGCUGGUAAGGAGGAGCGGCGGGUCCAUCCGGAAACUUAAUGUCUCUGGCCUCGGUCUAAAGGACAAGGGCAUCUUCUCCUUCAUUGCUGAACAUGCCGGUUCCCUCCAAACACUGCGAUUGCCCCGGAGUGAAAUCACCGACUUAGUGGUGGAGCAGAUAGCUUGGAGGCUCUCAGCGUUAACAUUCCUGGACCUUAGCUACUGCAACAAGAUGGGGGCCCGGGCCUUGGCUAUAAUCGGAAAGAACUGCAAGUCGCUAUCAGUCCUUUGCAGAAAUAUGCCCCCGAUAAAUUCAUUAAGAAAAUCCUCGCCAGAUGAUGAAGCCCAUGCAAUUGCCUCCACAAUGCCGAGGCUCAAGCACCUUGAGAUCGCCUACCAACUUAUCACCGUUGAAAGCCUCCGGGAGAUCCUCGCAAGCUGCCCCGACCUCGAGUUCCUGGACCUAAGAGGGUGCUGGAAUGUGGGGCUGGGGCCCCAGUUCUUCAAGGAGAGGUACCCAAAACUGACUGUCCUGGGACCAGUGGUAGUGGAUAGGUACGAUGAGAGGAACGACUAUGACUGGGAGGAGUGCUCUGACUUCUCAGACGCUUCUGAGUACUUGGCCUGGGAGUUUGUGGCCGGGGAGGUCGGGGAUUACUACGAUGAUGACGACGGGAGCUUCGAUGAGAUGUGGGACGAUGAAGGCAGGCUUGAGGAGCUCGAGCUCAGGUUCUACGAAGGGAUCGACGCUGAUGCGGCGCUUUAUGGUUGGCCUCGUUCUCCCUGAAAAAACCUCAUCUCCUUUCCGGUUAUUUCUUUUCAUGCCGUUCAAGUAGAAUGCUGUUCGGGUUGGGUUUUCUUCUUCUCGUCUUUUUUCAUCUUCCUGGCAUUAGUAUGCAAUAUGCAUGUGAUAUGAUAUGAUGUUGCAUGUUGUGGGUCUUUAUCGAUGUAAAUGUCGUUUGUUGUUCCGGUGAACUAGUUUGUAUGUUCCUUGAACAAUUAUUAAUAUUGGGUAGAAGAAAAUAUAAAAUAGCCCGUGUGCCUUUGAUUA